GGUUCGUGCAUCGAAGCCUUAGUCUUGACGAUAUCACGCUCAUCAAGACCGUCAUGAACUGCACUAUCAACGAUGUGCUAGUUGGUGUGACUUCAGCAGCUCUUUCACAAUAUUACUUCAGGAAAUCUGGAGACACUAACACAAAGAGAAUCUGCUUGCGAUCAAUCCUCCCUGUCAACACAAGGCCAAUCUCUAGUCGACAAACAUACGUUACCAAGGUCGAGAAGGGGAAUCGACUUAGCAGUCUCAUCUAUCCAUUUCAUAUAGCCUUGCCCAAUGAUCCCCUUGAGUAUGUUCGCAAGGCAAAAAGGUCUAUGCAUAGGAAAAAGAGCUCUUUAGAAGUGAAGUUUAUACAAGUGGUUGUUGAAUUUUUGGUGAAAUACUUUGGCGCAAAGACAGGAGCUUUUAUCUUCCGCCUAUUUGCCACACGUACAAGCAUACUCUUAUCAAAUGUUGUUGGGCCAUCUGAACAUAUAACGCUAUGUGGGCACCCAAUUUCCUUCAUGGCAAUCACCGCCUACGGGCAACCACAGAGGACGAGCAGUAGGAUAAAGGAUCAGAUUGAAGGUGGCAACCGCAUGCACAGUAGAGUGGUCCAAAUAUCACCAAACUUCUUCAAUGUGGGAUGGAGAUUGGUUAGGCGCCACACUCUCCGGCCAGAAGAAAAUGUGAAGAAUAUGACUAUAUGUCUUCAGUGGCACCCAAUCAAUGCGUUAAGUCCUGGAGUUUGGCUCGGCAUAUAUGGUAAAACUUGCAAGAGAGAUCUAAGAAAACUCAUCGGUGUCAACCGAGGCACUGAUCAUGCACUUCCUAAACUACGGUAGCACUAUCCGGGUAACUCUGGCAGUUGAUGAUGCACAAUUCCCAGAUUGUCAUAAGCUUUUAGAUGAUUUUGCUGACUCCAUCAGGCUCAUUAAGGAUGCGGCCGAUCUCAAGACAUUAACAACAUCGAUCAUGAAUGACUGAGUAAUGAAUAGUUGGAUAGGUGGGCCAUGUCAAUAGCACACAUAUAUUAAUUGGAUUAGUAAAAGUACACACAACUCUGUGUAUAAGUAUAGUGUGUGCGUGCGCUAUGUAUGUAUUUUAAUGUGUUGUUUAUGUCUAUCACUAUAAGACUUGUGUUGAAGGUUUCCUUUGUUACAA